GAUAAUUUGGGAGGCUCCGUUCGCAGUCAGGGCACGGUGCUAGCAGUCGUACACGAACGAUCAUCCGAUCCACACAUCUCCAAACCCAAUUAGAGUACCCCCUUGCAAGAUGUGGGAUGACGUCGAAGAGGAAACUCCAGCACAGCCCGAACCUGCCCCAGAGGAGGCACCACCAGCGGACGAGCCCGCUCCUGCAGAAUCCAAACCUGAAGAAGCAGAACCUCCAGCAGAAGACAUCGUCAUUGGAACAGCACCAAGGAAAUUAAUAUUCAAACACUGGAUUAGGCCCAAAUUCCUUCAGUACUCCUACCUGUACGACUAUCAGAAAAAUUACUAUGACCAAGUCAUCAACUAUUUGGAUAGACGAAAUAAAGGUUUACCAGUAGAAAGGCCGCAAGCGCAGACAUGGGGCGAGCGUGCGCUCAGGACCUAUCUAUCGAAGAGCUCCAAUUAUAACACCAAGUGCUUAAACAAGGAUACCAGUCUACUUCGUCACAUCUCAACAGGCGCGCGAUUCCACCGUUAUCACAGCAAAUCCCUUAUCUCGAGGAAGUAUUCCGUACUCGGAUUUAACACAGUUUCUAUCUAGCUUCGCUCUAACAUCCUCGCUUUACCUGGCUACGCUGACACCAAUCCAGUCGGUGGUGUGACCUUAAUAUCAAUUUUACAGGAUCUCGCUGGUGUAAUGCAGCAUUCACGGCAAAUCGCAUACCUACUACCUUAGAGUGACCACAGUCUGAUCGGAAGCCUUCCGCAUUCCUAUAAAUAUGUCUGUCUU